CCCCGCCUUCACGAUUCAAGGAAUACAAAAAGCACAGCAAGAAAACAACAAGCAGGCUCUGUUUCUCAUAAUCCCUACCAACUUAGAAGCAAUUCCAGGAGAUUGAAAUAGAAAAUGUCUCUGAUCCCAAGUUUCUUCGGCAACCGACGAGGCAACGGCUUUGAUCCAUUCUCUGUCGACGUAUGGGAUCCGUUCAAGAAUUUCCCAUUACUUUCCGAAGAAAACUCAGCCUUCGUCAACACUCGUGUUGACUGGAAAGAGACACCAGAAGCUCAUGUGUUCAAGGCUGACCUUCCAGGGCUGAAGAAAGAGGAAGUGAAGGUGGAGAUUGAAGAUGACAGGGUUCUUCAAAUCAGCGGGGAGAGGAAUGUUGAGAAGGAAGACAAGAAUGACACGUGGCAUCGCGUGGAGAGGAGCAGCGGCAAGUUCUCGAGGAGGUUUAGGUUGCCUGAGAAUGUGAAGAUGGAUCAAGUUAAAGCUUCUAUGGAAAAUGGGGUUGUCACCGUUACGGUUCCUAAGAUUGAAUUGAAGAAGCCUGAUGUUAAGAUUAUCCAGAUUUCUGGUUGAAGUUUCAAAUGUCUGAAACAUUGAAAAAUACUAUAAAUAGUUCUAAUGUAAUUACUAGGUGGGUCAAAAAGAUGUAAUAAAGACAUCAGAAUUCUAAUAAUGAAUUUGUGAGUUGUUCUUUUAAUAAACUGUUGUUAAAUAAUCUUUUUAUAGUUAUGGCCAGUCGCAAUCUGAGGCAAAGGGAAAGCACUUAAGAUAUUCAGGACUUGCAAAUUCUUGUGUUGCAAACAUGACCAAUGUCAACUAAAUCAGAAUAAAAUAUAGGCUAAUAU